AUGAGUAUUACCAGUGACGAGGUGAACUUCUUGGUCUACAGAUACCUCCAAGAAUCAGGUUUCUCCCACUCAGCGUUCACCUUUGGCAUUGAAAGCCACAUUAGCCAGUCUAACAUCAAUGGAACACUAGUGCCCCCUGCAGCCCUCAUUUCCAUCCUGCAGAAAGGGCUCCAAUAUGUAGAGGCAGAGAUAAGCAUCAAUGAGGACGGAACGGUGUUCGACGGGCGGCCGAUCGAGUCGCUUUCGCUCAUCGACGCCGUGAUGCCCGACGUGGUGCAGACGCGGCAGCAGGCCUUCCGUGACAAACUGGCUCAGCAGCAGGCCGCCUGCACCAUGGCGGCCUCCACCUCCGGCAACCAAUCCAACGCGCCAAAGAACGGGGACGCCACUGUCAAUGGGGAGGAGAACGGCACCCACAAUAUGAGCAAUAACCAUUGUGAGUCGAUGGACAUGGAUGUGGACGUGGAGAUCCCCGCCAGCAAAGCCACAGUGCUGCGAGGUCACGAGUCAGAAGUCUUCAUCUGUGCCUGGAACCCUGUCAGUGAUCUGCUGGCCUCAGGUUCGGGGGACUCCACAGCCAGAAUCUGGAACCUCAACGAGAACAAUAACUCAAACUCCACCCAGCUGGUGCUGCGCCACUGUAUCCGAGAAGGUGGGCAGGACGUCCCCAGCAACAAAGAUGUCACGUCACUAGACUGGAAUAGUGAUGGGACGCUCCUGGCGACGGGCUCAUACGACGGCUUCGCCAGAAUAUGGACAAAGGACGGAAAUCUGGCGAGCACCUUGGGACAGCACAAGGGGCCAAUAUUUGCACUCAAGUGGAACAAGAAGGGGAACUCCAUUCUCAGUGCCGGUGUAGAUAAGACGACAAUCAUUUGGGACGCGCACACAGGAGAAGCCAAACAGCAGUUCCCCUUCCACUCAGCUCCGGCUCUGGAUGUGGACUGGCAGAAUAACACCACCUUUGCCUCGUGCAGCACCGACAUGUGCAUCCACGUGUGUCGCCUCGGCAGCGACCGGCCACUUAAGACGUUCCAGGGUCACACGAACGAAGUUAAUGCCAUUAAGUGGGAUCCUUCGGGAAUGCUGCUCGCCUCAUGCUCGGAUGACAUGACUUUAAAGAUCUGGAGUAUGAAACAAGAAUCAUGCGUCCAUGACCUCCAGGCUCAUAGUAAAGAAAUCUACACCAUUAAAUGGAGUCCGACUGGGCCGGGCACCAGCAACCCUAACUCCAACAUCAUGCUUGCGAGUGCGUCAUUUGACUCGACGGUGCGACUGUGGGACGUCGAACGAGGGGUCUGCAUCCACACGUUGACCAAGCACCAGGAACCCGUCUACAGCGUUGCCUUCAGCCCGGAUGGCAAGCAUCUCGCUAGCGGCUCCUUUGACAAGUGUGUGCAUAUUUGGAACACGACGAGUGGGGCCUUGGUGCACAGCUACAGAGGUACCGGUGGGAUCUUUGAAGUGUGUUGGAAUAGCACCGGUGACAAAGUUGGUGCCAGCGCGUCAGAUGGUUCAGUAUGCGUUCUGGACCUCCGGAAAUAG